UGGCGGCGUUGAAGCGUACCGAGAGGUGCUCGCUAGGCUGACACCUGAGAGGCCCCAUAGGUCCGCAGGAGGUGCAGAAGGGAACUGGGACUUUCAAUAUCUGGAACAGAGGCUCCGGGCUGAACCGGCGUCGCUCUGAGGGUUCUCUAUCCAGAAUGACUUCCAUCACCACAGAGAAUAUAGAAGAGCUCAGCAGGUCCAUCAGUGUUGACUUAGGAGAAAGCAAGCGGCUUGGAGCUCUCCUGCUUUCCAGUUUCCAGUUUUCAGUUCAGAAACUGGAACCUUUCCUAAAGGACACUAUGGGCUUCAGUCUUGAAAGUUUUAGAGCAAAAGCAUCUUUUCUUUCUGAAGAGUUGGAGCAUUUUGUAGACAGCCUGGAAAAGGAUGGAACUCUACAAAAAUGUUUUGAAGAUUCAAAAGAAAAACCAUUAGAUUUGAAUCUAGAAGCAUCAGUGGCUGAGAUGAAGGAAUAUAUAAUGAAGUUUUCAUUAGAACAGCAGACUUGGGAUCAGCUCUUGCUGUGCUACCAGAAGCAGGCGCUACUAGAAGAGCCAUCCAGUGCUCAAACAGAACUAGACCACUACAUCCUGCUGGUCGGGGUCCUAGAGGUCAGCCUUCUGGAGCAUGGAGCUAGUGGGAGAAAGACAGAUGAGCUGCAAGGAUCUGUGAAGCAGCUAUAUGCUUUUAUGGAUGAAAGUACCCAGUGCCUCCAGAAGGUGUCAGUACAGCUUGAGAAAAGAAGCAUGCAACAAUUAGAUACUUCACCUGCUCGAAAACUGCUCAGACUUCAGUUACAGAACCCGCCUACCCCUUUCUGCUCCGGAUCUUAUCAGUGAGCUUGUCUGGCUUUUCCACCACACAUGCUCAGAGGGUAAAACUAGGAAGACUUCCUCAGUAUGUGGUGACUGCAUGGCAGUCUGAGCCAGGCGCUCCAUCCUUCGCUUUUAAGGACAACUGCAUGGCUGUAGAGCACUUAAUCUUUUCUGAGUGAUAGAAUUUACACAUCCAAAAGAACAUUGCCAAGACAUUUUUCCCAGGAAUGUGCAAAAUGCUUGAAAUUUCCUUGUGAAACAGUCUUCAGAACCCGUGUUUCAUUCUUUUUAAGUACUCUUCAUGGUCAGAUAUCUAAUCUUGUGGAGAUAUUUUUCAGGUUUUGAAAUAAUCCAAAUCAUUUAGGCCAGGUGUGGUGGUACAAACCUGUAGCCUGUAAUCCCAGCACUCCGGAGG